AUACAGUGGUUUUUUUAUUUCUGUCUUCAACCCAUUUUAGAAACAAUUCAUUCAUACUUAGUCUGGUCGCUGUAAGCAAGUUUGAACCAGUAAUUGAUAAUCCUGCAUUUUCUGAUAUCAGUAAAUAGGGCCAUCCAGCUUAUUUUUAUAUACUAUGGGUAGUUUUUGUUUUCUGAAAGGGACUAACAUAUAUUUUUUAGACGAAAAUAAUUUCUCUCAUUCUCUUAAAAAAUCAUAAAAAGCGAGUACUCUGAAAGUGACAUGUGGUACAAACUUAUUGACCUAAGAUUUUUGCAAGAUAUUCUAAUAAAUAAACAAAAGUAUUGAGCAAAAAGUAAGUAAACCGUUGCAACGCUUUUGAAAUAAUGCAGAAAAUUUACAUUCGUCUUGCAUAUUUACUAAUAUCUAACAUUUAUUUUCACACCAUCUUUCAUUUUGCAGCAUCAAAAAGAUAUUCUAUGCCAAAAUUCGUGGAAAUAGAAUGUUGAAAAAAAUCACCAAACUGAGGGCAAGAAGCUUUAACGAUCUGUAUUUGUGUUUACAUUUUCACCACGCUGCGAAGCCCAUGCAUACUUCAGAUUUGUAAUAGAUGAUGGAUGCGACAUAUGCAUCGAAAAUUUUCGGCAUAUCGAUGUCUGUUAAAAAUAUUAAUAGGGAGUUUAUUGAUUUAUUACCUUGCUAGACAACGCGUAAAUGCUGCGCGUUACUGAUUAAAACGAAUCUUAAAUAAUUAAAUGAGUCUAUAUUUUCUAUGUCUGUACUAUCAUAUGUCUACCUUUCUACAUCACUUUGUCGACAUUUCCCCUUAGGUAUUGUUUCACACGUUUUUUAUGUUUGUUCUGUUUCAUUUUAGAACACAUUUGCUCAGUGUAUGUGAAACUGAUGAAAUAUGAUGUGUUUCAACGCAAAGGCAUACUUAAACAUGUUCUGCACUUACAGUCGAUUAGAAUAGGUUGUAACAAAUAUUCCCGUAUUCCCGGUAGUCAAUUAGAUACAGUUUCUGAACAACCGACCCGUAUUAUGUUUGCUUUCUUUUAAUGAAUAAAACGACUGCAUAAAUUAUUUAUUUCUUUAUGUUUGUGCAGCUGUAAGCAAAGACCUCAACAGCUGGUUGAAGUUAAAUUCAUGUAGAAAUGUUCUAUUUUGAAGAAAUUAACCUACACUGCCAAUUGAAAUAUCAACACUUUGAUAUGAUAAGCAUUAAUAUUGCUAGAUAUUUAAGCAAGUUGUUCUGAUUUCAGGCAUCUAAAUGAAAUAGUUAGUGUAUGACAACAGACAGUUUGUGUAAAUCACGAUUUAUUGAAAAGAAAAAGGCUUACAUCAGAAUACAGACAACAUCCUAGUAUCAAAUAAUGGCAGAAUUUGAAGCCUAUGGAUAUCAGAAUAGUUUGUCUCAUCAGCAGUCAUCAUAGGUAGAAAGGAAUAUAUGUAAUCAAUUCUUCCUGUACUCAAAAGCGACACUUACCUUGCUUUACCUGCAAUGACUUGUUCACAACGGAGCUCAGUUUAACUUUUGGUAAAAUUCAUUCGUGCGUUUUGCAUGGCAAAAUCAUGGGAAAUUGUCAGUCUCUUCAAGGCAAUAUAGCUACAAACUGGAGAUUUGUUGGGCGGGAUAAAGACCUGGAAUCAUGUAUGGACUUGCUUUCCAAGAAUAGAUCAGUUCUUGUUUUUGGAAUGAAGAAAAUUGGAAAGUCGAGAUUUAUUGAAGAACUAUAUAAACAGUUAUUAAAACAGUGUGAAAGUAAAAAGUACGUGUGGAAGGAUUUUGAAUUAGACAAUAUAGACUCAGGUCAUACGGUAUAUUCUUGGUUCAUUGAAUUUUUGACUUGCAUAAAUGCGCUGGAGGAAAAAGAACGUUUUGAAAAGACGUAUCCAUCAAAAUCAAUAGCAUGUGACUCUUGCAAGAAUAGCCAGCAGCCUGAUAGACACAAGUGUAUUGUUCGAAAUGCCACCAAUGACUUAAUAGAUGCCCUGGGGAAAUAUAAAACUGAAAUUAUACUUUUCCUAGAUAAUAUCGACACUAUCAUGGACAGUCCAGAAUUGAGAGAUUGUUUUCUACAUUUUUACAAGCAAUCAGUUAAACUCUCUAAGUUGCAAACAAUCCUCACGUCCGCUUACAAACCUAAACUAACAACAAAAGGUAUUGCAUCUCUUGAACUCAAACAAUUAGAUAAUUUAGCAAUACUGGAAUUGCUCUUUGAAAUGACUGAAGAAAGAGAAAACAGUUCAGAGGAGGAAGAAGGACGUGACAAAACUGUAAAAUACUCGCCAGAAUUACAGGUAUUCACACCAGAGAACAAACCAUAUAUUGAAGCAAUUGUUGGUUUAUGUGACGGACUCCCAUUAGGUGCAGCGAUGGCAGGUUUGCUGUUGACCGAAGACGAUGGAUUUCUUACACCUGAAGACCUUGUAGAAAUUCUCAUACGUGUAAGACUACAGGGACUUAGUCCAGAUAACUGCCCGCCAGAUGAACGCUUAGAUAUCUAUACAGAAGAAAUGAAAAAGUUAAUGGAAGAUGUUGCGUUGUUUUUCCAUUGCUUAAAUGAAAAUAUGACUGGUAGCCAUUUCAAUAUAGACGAGGCUGUGGCAGCUGCAAGUGCUGCUGGUGAUAAUGCUGCAACAGGGGCUAUGGUGAAACACAAGAUCUUGAAGCCCGGUUUAGAUAGAUCUAUCCUGUCCAUACAAAAACUACAAGGGAAACAAAAGUUGAAAUGGCACGGAAUAUUGCGAGAGUGUCAUGCUACAUUAAAAGCCACACAAUAUAUACCUUCUGAUGGUGUUGGCUCAGCGAAAGAUAUGAUUUUGAAGUUCAUGAAGGAGAAUGCUAAGAACGCUGGUCUAGAUUUAGACGAAGAAACACUCUGCGACCCAGCAUGUCUUGCGUUAGCCAUCAGGCGUCUCGCUAACCAGGUGGAACCCUCAUCACCAGUGCAAGCCAAUGAAGACUGUGAGAAAGGAAGAAUGUCUAUUCUGAAAGAACAUGAAGUGGCUAGCAAGAUGGUUGCCACGACAAAGUUUGACGCGGAACAAUCAUCUGUUUUGAAAGUCCACGAAGAGGUUGAAACGCACAAAGAUGUGGAAAACAGUCUGCCUAGCGGCCCCAGAAAAGCCAAGGAACUGGCCACUCGGUACUCCGUUUCUGAAGGUAGUGAUAACAGUGAUUCCGAUAGUGUGAGUUUACAAUUUACAAAUAUUUAUCUUAGACAAACUGAGGAAUCGAUGAUGAAUGAUGGUAAGGAAACUUCCGAAACCAGAAGUGAACAGACAAUAGGUGAUAAUUACUCGACAAGUCCACCAUCAUAUACAAGUCGUCCAGGAUCCUCAGAGGCACGGACAGCACCCUAUCAUAACCAGAAUGCUGGGAGUGUUGUUGAAGAGCUUCCACCUAGCUACAAAUCAACUGUCUCGAGUAAUCACCUACCCAGCUUUACUACUGAAACUAAUAAACAAUUCGUUACACUUGAUAAUUCUGCUUCAUUUGUAAUGUUAAACAUUCGAUCUCCUCCAUUACCAUCUGUCAGCAGUGCAUCGUAUGGUUCACAAACUAUGAAACAAAAUACAGGAGCGGAUAUUCAGUUGAUGUGUAGUCGACAGGCGAGUUAUGAUAAUCAAUAUUUACGUAGAGCUAGAUCAGAUCCAACUUGUUAUCAUUCCGAGAACAAUGUAUCUAAGCAGCCAGUGGCUAAACCGAGGAGAGAAAUAGACACAUCACAGGGUGAUUCUUUGAAAGCCCCACCAGCAUUGGAAUAUAUUCCGACAAGCCCGGAAAUGGUAAUGCGACAGUCGGAUAAGACUAAUGACAUUUGUAGUCCUCUUGAACAAGCACAUAAAGACACUAGAAUGCAAGCCCCAAGUCUGCAGAUAGCUGAACUGAAGGAACCAAUUUCUGACAUGCCUGUAGAAACUGCAUUUGUUCGAUCAGGGUUUUCUACGCAGGGACCAGAGGACAUUUCUUAUAAGAAGUUGCAUUGUAAUGAUCUACAUGUCAGUCAGGAAAAUUUCAGCCACGUCUCACAUACUUCAUCAGUCAAAACAGAUUAUCUGUAUAACCAAGCUGCGCAGACUGGAGAGAUUCUAAAACAUCAAGGUCAAUUAUCUGCAAGUAGGUUAUCAAUUAACCACAGUGUACAUGAAUCAAACCCAAAAAGACGAUCUCCUACGGCUGUAAUCCGCCCAAUGCCUAAACGCCGGUCUCCUCCUAAUGUUGACAAACAGUUGCCGAACGAACGAAGUAUAUCAAACGCAGGGCCGUCUGAGCAAUCCGAUAUGAUUUAGCCAAUGUUUGAAAAAAAGAUGUCUGUGAAAGGAAAAUUGCUAGCGUAAGGAUGACAAUGUCAAUGGUAAACUUUAUAUUUGUGUAGCUGAAAACGUUGUAUAUUCUUUCAAAACUAUGUUUGAGUAAAAAACAAAGACAAAUAUCAAACAGGGAAUGCCACGAACCAAAAACGCAGCCUCCUCAAAACGAAACCCACAGCACGCAGACGCGUGCACCACACACACACACACACACACACACACACACACACAGAGCCAACAAACAAAGGAACGCACACACACACAUACACACAAAGCCAACACAUCAGGACAAAACGAACAAACAAAGGAACACAGUGGGGCACCGCCUUGGAACGGUCAGUGGCAAAAACACCACUGGGGAGCUUAAACCGGUUUAUGGUGCGCACCCAACCUCACUCUUACCCCCACCAUGUUCCAAAGACACGGGACAGUGUAAAUAAAAGUAAUCCCCUCCAGGUGAAUCUCUUACACACGUAAUGGAAACAAAAAGGCAUACACUCAUAAGUCUUAUUUAUAUCCUGCUAGAUGUGAAAACGAAGCAAAAAGCUUAUAUUUAUUCAGGUAUUCAUAAUAUCUGAAGAUUUUGAAUAGAUGUACAGGGAUAUUUGUGUAAAAAUAUGGCAGCUACUGCUAAAUUUAUUCACUGCCGUAAUUUUUUGUUGUUUAUAUACUAGUAUAUUUGUCUGUAAAUGCGUAUUUCAAUUAAUUCGAACACGACGUAGAGUUAAUACGCUGUUGUCCUAGUAAAUUAUUUUAAGAGACAUAUUACCAAUUCGGAGUGUUAACUAUAUCAAAUUAGGAUUCUGCUGUUGCAUUUCGAUUUUUAUACCCAUUUUGUGUAAACAAGUGGGUGAAAUAGAGAAUCUUUUUUUUUCAUUGCGUAUGUAUGGUACCAAAUAUAGCAGGUCAACGUGAGGCAACGUAACAAUGUUUUAAUGAUACUAAAACUUGGGAAAUAAUACGUCCUGUGAAGGAGAAAGAAUUUAGGAAUGCACAAACUAUUCUGUAUGCCUAAUCAUUGAUUCAGACUGUGUAUAUUACGUGUAACACAAUUCUGAUGUAUGGCACAAAAGGAUGUAUCGACGUGACGUCAGUACCGCCGUGUUUUAAUGACAGUACAUGACUAUUUACCAUUUCCACCCAUUUACCUUUAAUGACAGUUUGCCAUGAGUUAUUUAUAAGGAAGUUAUACCUUAAGUAUGACAUGUUUUUCUUUUCUGUUAUAUGUUUUUAUUUUUUAAGUUAGUCUGUUGAGUUAAUUCGUUUCAUACCCCAAUACGAAUGCCGUGAAUGAAUGGAACUUAGAUCUAUUGUAUAUACAGCUUUGCUAAACUUCCCAUGCUUAUUUUAAUGUAUUCAAUAUGUAAUAGUUGUUAUUGGUAUUAUGCGUUUCAUAAUAGCGUCAUAAAGUAUAGAAUUUAUUUUGCCUAAGAUAAUCUAAAAAACGUAAUUAAAAAUUCAGUCAGUUUAAGAAUUUUAUGUUAAGUAUUACCAAAGAGUACGUUUGUUGCUUCAGUGUGUAUUCGAAAUUAUUUUAACCGAGAAGAGACCAGAUAUAAUAUUUUGAUGAGUGGCGAGGCCGCCAUGGGUGAUAAUUAUUUCAUCUUUACAUGUAAACAAAUUCAUUUUCUAUUUCAAGUUUUAAAUGGUUAUAAACUAUUUUAUAUGUUUGAUAGUUUUCAUCCAGUCCAAUUCUGUUUGACGACGCGAGAGUAUUAUAAAGCCUUUAUGUGAUCUGGUGUUAUAUUAGUGUAAUUAUACUUGCUGUUGACGUCGUUUCAAGUAUAGGGGAUGUUGAACAAAUCGCUUUUAUCUGUAAUAUACAUUUUAAAGACAUGUGCUGAUUCAUGUGUUGGUAUUUCAUUGUUAAUCAGAUGUCGAUCAGUAUGCGUACUGGUUGUAUAUAGAACAUAGACUUUAAAGAAAAUUUGUAUUGUGUUUUUGAAUAUGUAAAGAAAGAAGACACUUUGAUGUUUCAUCAGGAAAAGGUAACAUGGAAUGAAAAGAUUUUUAAAUUUUUGAUUUUCCACAAUGAAUAUUUCAAACUUGUUGAGAAAAUUGAAUAAAUGCUCGGCAGAACUCGAAAAUGUACACAAACCAUGCCAUCAGGUCCAAGGUCAAGGUCGCCUCUUGAGGUUAAUCGUCAAAUAAUUUCAGGCCCGCUCCGCUUUGAAGAUUUUCAUACAACGAGAAUAAAUUAUUUGCCUUAUUAAAGGGAAUUCCAAUUGUUUUUUAUGUGCAUCUUUCUGCGCAGCCGACACUUUCUAUGGAAAACUGAUCUAAAGUCAACAUUUGUUGAAACAUGUUACAGACAAUCUUAAAUAUGAGGAAUCUUGAAUGAAAUAACAUUUUUGAUAAGUUUUAUCAGUAAUCAAAUGUUGAUACUGAUUUAUAUUGUAUUGACAAGUAUCAUGCCCGACAGGUAUCUUGCUAUUUUUGUGGUUAUGUUUUCACAUCGCAUUUUAGUACAAAGACAGU